AUGGAGACUUCCAAAUUUACUUUUUUCAUCAUCCUUCUUCUUUCCGGGCUGAAUGAGAAAUUCUCGACCGCGUCGCGUAUAAACUCUCACAAGAGUUGCAAUUUUCCGGCUGUUUAUAACUUUGGAGAUUCAAAUUCAGACACCGGAGCUAUCUCUGCGGCUAUCGGAGAAGUUCCUCCACCAAACGGAGUUGCCUUCUUUGGAAGAUCUGCCGGAAGACAUUCUGAUGGCCGUCUCAUUAUCGACUUUAUUACUGAAAAUCUCACGUUGCCAUAUCUAACACCAUACUUGGAUUCGGUUGGAGCCAAUUAUCGGCAUGGCGCUAAUUUUGCCACUGGCGGUUCUUGCAUUCGCCCCACCGUUGCUUGUUUUAGUCAAUUCCAUCUUGGGACUCAAGUCUCCCAAUUCAUUCACUUCAAGACUCGUACCUUGUCUCUCUACAACCAAACCAAAGGUAAAACUCCAUUUUGCAAAGGAGUCAUUGCACGACCCAAAGAUUUCUCAAGAGCUCUUUAUACAUUCGAUAUUGGUCAGAACGAUCUCGCGAUCGGGUUUCAAAACAUGACAGAGGAACAACUCAAAGCAACUAUACCCGGAAUCACCGAAAGCUUCACUAUUGCUAUAAAAUUGCUAUACAAAGAAGGAGCCAGAUUCUUCUCAAUUCAUAACACCGGACCGACAGGCUGUUUACCGUAUAUUCUGAAAUCUUUUCCGGUUACACCACGAGAUCGGUACGGUUGUUUGGAGCCUCUGAACAAUGUGGCAAUGGAAUUCAACAAGCAACUCAAGAACAAAAUCUCCGAACUGAACAAAGAGUUCCCUUCUUCUCUCUUUACUUAUGUUGAUGUCUACUCAGCUAAAUACAAUUUGAUCACCAGAGCAAAGAAUCUCGGUUUUGUGGAUCCUUUUGAUUAUUGUUGCGUUGGAGCGGUCGGACGUGGAAUGGGUUGCGGAAAGACAAUAUUUCCAAAUGGCACAGAACUUUAUAGUUCCUCCUGCAAAAACCCCACAAAUUUCAUAAGUUGGGAUGGUAUACAUUAUUCCGAAACUUUGAAUAUGCUAGUCGCUAACCGGAUCCUCGAUGGGUCAAUAUCCUAUCCGUCUCUCCCAAUCCAGAAAGCUUGCAAGCUGACGAAAUAUUAA